AUGUCUUGGUCAAUUAAGCUCGCAUCCUGCGCGCGGGCAGCUCCGCUGCGGGCGCUGACCCGGCCGAAGGGACUCCUAUAUCGCCCGGUUUAUGCGGGGUGCCUCUCCGCUUCAGUUGCAUCUCCGCAAUUUGGCUCUCAGGUCACAAAUCAGAGUUGCCUGGUUGCCUUAUUUUUACAUCUCAUCGUGCUUUAUCUUGCUCGUUCCGCCCAACCCAACCAUCGGACACAACAAUAA